AACAACAACAACAACGGAACCGUGUGUAUGUGGUUUGUUUUACGCAGUUUUACGUUCGAUGACCACUACUCAACAAACAGCAUCUCAAGUGGUCCCGUAUGUCCCUCUUGACCUUGCAAGACUCCCUACGAACCUGACCUUGGGCAGCAAUUCAAAUGGAACCAAUUCAGUCCUCAAGCCGUGGUGAUGGAGCCACAUUUUGGGGGGAGACCAGCUGCCCCCUGAAAGUUGCCGAGGGCAUCUGGUUCAGAUGCUGUUCCUGCACUUAUGUCACCAAAGAUCAGCAUGUAAUUGUGAACCACCUGGCUGCUCAUGGUGAUGAACAAGCCAAGUGCCAGCAUCCUCCCAUGUCUGACUCCAAGUCCCAAAUGAUCGACAACACUCAAAAGCACAAGAGUGAAAAGCCAUUUAAGUGCAAGCUUUGCCCCAAAGCCUUUGCUGAAAAUUCCAAUCUGCAAAGCCAUAAUCAAAUGCACACAGGUGAAAAACCAUUUAGGUGCAGCUGGUGCCCCAAAGCCUUUGCAUACAAUUCCAAUCUGCAAAUCCAUAAUCGAACACACACAGGUGAAAAGCCAUUUAAGUGCAAGCAGUGCCCCCAAUCCUUUGCUAAAACAUACCAUUUGAAAAAUCAUAAUCGAAUGCACACUGGUGAAAAGCCAUUUAAGUGCAAGCAGUGCCUGAAAGCCUUUGCUCACAGUUCCAAUCUGCAAAGACAUAAUCGAACGCACACUGGUGAAAAGCCAUUUAAGUGCAAGCAGUGUCCCGAAGCCUUUGCUGACAAUUCCAAUCUGCAAAGCCAUAAUCGAACGCACACGGGUGAAAAGCCAUUCAAGUGCAAGCAGUGCCCCAAAGCCUUUGGUGAAUAUUCCAGUCUGCAAAGUCAUAAUCGAACGCACACAGGUGAAAAGCCAUUUAAGUGCAAGCAGUGCCCCAAAGCCUUUGCUGACAAUUCCAAUCUGCAAAGCCAUAAUCGAACGCACACGGGUGAAAAGCCAUUCAAGUGCAAGCAGUGCCCCAAAGCCUUUGGUGAAUAUUCCAGUCUGCAAAGUCAUAAUCGAACGCACACAGGUGAAAAGCCAUUUAAGUGCAAGCAGUGCCCCAAAACCUUUGCUGACAAUUCUAAUCUGCAAAGCCAUAAUCGAACGCACACGGGUGAAAAGCCAUUCAAGUGCAAGCAGUGCCCCAAAGCCUUUGGUGAAUAUUCCAGUCUGCAAAGUCAUAAUCGAACGCACACAGGUGAAAAGCCAUUUAAGUGCAAGCAGUGCCCCAAAGCCUUUGCUGACAAUUCCAAUCUGCAAAGCCAUAAUCGAACGCACACGGGUGAAAAGCCAUUCAAGUGCAAGCAGUGCCCCAAAGCCUUUGGUAAAUAUUCCAGUCUGCAAAAUCAUAAUCGAACGCACACAGGUGAAAAGCCAUUUAAGUGCAAGCAGUGCCUGAAAGCCUUUGCUCACAGUUUCAAUCUGCAAAGACAUAAUCGAACGCACACGGGUGAAAAGCCAUUUCAGUGCAAGCAGUGUCCCAAAGCCUUUGCGGACAAUUCCAAUCUGCAAAGCCAUAAUCGAACGCACACGGGUGAAAAGCCAUUCAAGUGCAAGCAGUGCCCCAAGGCCUUUGGUGAAUGUUCCAGUCUGCAAAGUCAUAAUCGAAUGCACACUGGUGAAAAGCCAUUUAAGUGCAAGCAGUGCCUGAAAGCCUUUGCUCACAGUUUCAAUCUGCAAAGACAUAAUCGAACGCACACCGGUGAAAAGCCAUUUAAGUGCAAGCAGUGCCCCAAGGCCUUUGGUGAAUGUUCUAGUCUGCAAAGUCAUAAUCGAAUGCACACUGGUGAAAAGCCAUUUAAGUGCAAGCAGUGCCUGAAAGCCUUUGCUUACAGUUUCAAUCUGCAAAGACAUAAUCGAAUGCACAACGGUGAAAAGCCAUUUAAGUGCAAGCAGUGUCCCAAAGCCUUUGCUGACAAUUCCCAUCUGCAAAGCCAUAAUCGAACGCACACGGGUGAAAAGCCAUUCAAGUGCAAGCAGUGUCCCAAAGCCUUUGGUGAAUAUUCCAGUCUGCAAAGUCAUAAUCGAACGCACACAGGUGAAAAGCCAUUUAAGUGCAAGCAGUGCCCCAAGGCCUUUGCUGGCAAUUCCAAUCUGCAAAGCCAUAAUCGAACACACACGGGUGAAAAGCCAUUCAAGUGCAAGCAGUGCCCCAAAGCCUUUGGUGAAUAUUCCAGUCUGCAAAGUCAUAAUCGAACGCACACAGGUGAAAAGCCAUUUAAGUGCAAGCAGUGCCCCAAAGCCUUUGCUGACAAUUCCAAUCUGCAAAGCCAUAAUCGAACGCACACGGGUGAAAAGCCAUUCAAGUGCAAGCAGUGCCCCAAAGCCUUUGGUGAAUAUUCCAGUCUGCAAAGCCAUAAUCGAACGCACACGGGUGAAAAGCCAUUCAAGUGCAUGCAGUGCCCCAAAGCCUUUGGUGAAUAUUCCAGUCUGCAAAGUCAUAAUCGAAGGCACACGGGUGAAAAGCCAUUUAAGUGCAAGCAGUGCCCCAAAGCCUUUUCUCUUAGUAGUAAUCUGCUCCGUCAUCAUCAAACACACAGUGUUUAAAAUCCUUACAAGGGCAAAGAAUGCCUGAGAGCUUUGCUCAGAAUAGGAGUUUACCCACCAGAACAUGCACACAUGCAGAAUGCCUUGUGGUUGACCCGUAAGAUAAGCAUGCCCCCUGUGUAAUCAUCUAACUCAUGCGCAGAACUUUAUGCCAUUUCAAUCGAAGUAUGCAUAUACCCGAGUUGAACAUAGGUCCCAAAGGCUUUGCUUAUUUUUUAAGUUCGCCACACUGAAGCCUUUAUGCGCAAUAAGCCUCACAAAUUCCUGCGGUUUCCCAGGACGUUGUCUAUCCUAUCUUACCUUAUCGGGCACAUGCUCACCCAUGAGGUUCACAAACCUUAAGAGCAUUUGCGUAAAACCUGAACAAAGUGGGCCUUUCAAGUGCCAGCAAUUUCCGAGAAACUUGUAUUGGAAUUCCCUCUUCGUUGGCCGUAUAGACUGCAGACAGAGCCAGACUAUUUGACCUUGCUCUGGAGCCUCUUGUCCAAAUGCCACUGUUUGUCAUCACUCUAAUGUAUUGGACAGUAGUAAAUGAUUCAUCUCCAACUGUGAUCUAGAAGCUGGGUCAAUAAAUAUGCGACAUUGUUUAAUGUUUCUCAGAGCAGCUACUCUGUUCUGCACCUGAAUGUACAUUGGGUCAUGCUCUAGCUCUUGUUCCAAAGUCCCUUGAACUCGCUCGAGGUGUGCUCUUUGAGGCGAGGUCUAAUAGGUUUGAAAAAAUGUCUUUAUAGUUUUCCCUUUAUACUACUAUCUACGAGGAAGAUAGAAUGUAACAAAAGUUAAUGUGUAACCAGAAUUUAAUCUUGUUUAUUAAAAAGUAAAAAGAUUGGCAGUUUAAACGUUUUGUAUUGUUUCUUUCAGCGGCUGCCGAUUUUGGUACUGAAGUAACGGCUCGUUGACACCCCUGAGACUGCUUACGACGGGAUAGGCUAAAAACCGGUUUUAAGCCUCUUGUGAGGGCUUACGGCAUUUUGCAUUUCUGUGCAGACGGUAGGCAGCAGUCACAAGAGGCUUGAAAGCCGGUCUUGUCUCAGUUGGUCGUAUUGAAACGCAAGUGUGUGAACGGGCCUUAAGUAGUGUGAAGUAACUUUUUCCUAGAUUUUUCUUUUGAUGUCCUGUAUUGUGGGAAGACCUCAUUCUAGCAGUUCCCUCGGUGGGGGGCUGAUCGCCACACGUGUGUGUGCACCACAUCAUUUCCUGCUACCGGUUGGGACAUCGCUAGUUGAAUAUCCUUCGCACUGCCCAGCAGGUUUUGCUAUAAAUUAGCACUGUGCCCACUCUGAAAACAGUGUAGUGCCCCUUCAGGACUGCAUUGACUCAAGUUUUUAUAAAAUUUGGAACUCAUGUGCUUAUACUCUGUUUUUGCCUUCCUUCUUUGCAUGGCAUCUUUGCAAUCAUGUGUUUAUAUGGCAUCUACUUUGAGAUGUAGGUGUCCUUAUAUGUUGGAAAAUUCCUCUUGCUUGUUUUUGUGUAACACAGGUUAAUAGUUUGUUUCUCUGCUUCGCUCAUGGCUAACAUUCUUAUAUUUUUUAUUAGAAUGAGGACGGUCGGUGAAGCCAAGUUUCAAUUAAUACUAACUCAGCCAUGAAUUUGAUUAAUUACAGGGUCCUUUGAAUUGUUGCUCAGUGUGUGUUUAUUUUUGCAUUGUGUAAUUAAUUUAAAAGCAUAUCUUUAUUGCAAUGAUUUUUUUUCUUUUCACUCUUGCGUUUGGCUUUAACAAAAUCUGUGGAUGAUAAAUAUGUAAUCAGACUUUUGUUUACCCUCAAGGCCCGAGGGUAAAUAUUAAUACAAAUUUAUUUAAAAAUAUAAAUAAAUAAAUGAAUAAAUAAGCAUCUGC